UCCACAACGCUGGUAUGAGUGGCUGGCAGCAACCGUCUGGGAACGGCUUCGCCCAUGACAGCUCGGCGUCAUCUGGUAGCUCAACAAUGCUGUGCCUGACAUGUGGCUUCUAUCGUACGGUCGAAGAGAUAUUCGAUUGCUUCCGGCAAAACCAUAACGUCCGCGGUAUCCGCGAGUUCGAGGAUGGCGCCAUGCAGCAUGCCAUGCAGUCUCGCAUACCCAGCGUCAGCAGCAACCAUACAGGCUGGAUGUUCAUCCCUCAACCAAUUACGCACGAUUCAUUCAGCAGCAACCGCUACUCCUAUGCUAGCUCGUCGUCUCAGAGUUAUCCCAACUUCGGUCAGGGCGGAAUGCACCCGUCUCUCCAGUCCUGUCUAAGCUCAACUGGAGGAAGUUACGGCGAGGCUCUAAUCAGUCCCAACUCCCUCGCGGGAGACACGGGACAUACCCACAGAUUCUCCUUUGGCAGUUCGGUUAAUAACUCGUCUCAUCUUCGAAGCCCUGGACUGGAUCCAACCGACUAUGUCUUGGACUCGACGACGUUUUCCGCAGACAUUGACAUGGAAGGUGACAUCUUCUCAAUGGAUGCGGUCCCAUACACAGACACUGGCCCACCACUACACGCCUACCCACCGACUCUUGAUGUUCCUGACAAUGGACAGACUGUGCCUUGCGGGGGUGGCAAGGGUCGGGUCGGCCUUACUCCUACGCAGGAGGAAGACCUGCAACGGUAUAGCGAAAGAUGGGCUGCCAGAACGUUCUUGCCAUCUGAGGCAGAGAUCAAUGGCCUCGCCGCGAUCACCUACCUUGAUCCGGAGUUUGUUCGGACUUGGUACAAUCAUUUCCGACAACAUUGGAUGCCUCCAGAUGCUGCGCGGGUUACAGCAGCGAGUGAUACAUCAUCUGCUUUGACCGAAUUGCCGCAGGAGGCGCAAGUGUUGACCCGUACACCGUCCGGUCGGCUCAGUUGUGCGACGUAUGCAAAGCCUUCGAAAACCGUCAGCGAGGUUCAGGCUUGGGCGAGGGCCCGCUUCUGGAGGGCGUGCACUUCGCAUCAGUCCCUCAACGCACCGACAGACCUGUUGUUCAGGUGUACACUUCCAGGAUGUCAGUACUCGACCAAUGAACGAGACGCUUGGCAGCGGCAUGAGCAGAACUGGCAGCCUCAGGAGUUCUGGCAUUGUGUCGUUUGCAGAGCGCAGAGUCAAGGUCCCUCCAUAUGCCAUCGAAAAGACAAGGUCUGGGACCAUUUCAAUGCUGCACAUCCUCAUAUCGACAGGACGAAGUGGGAAGCCCUCAGGAACGACUCUGAGGUAGCAAUCAAUGCUGGAUUUGAGCGCAACUGCAAGUUCGUUAAUGCGUUGGGGAUCCCGUGCUCUUAUGUAUUCAAGGACUGGGACGAUAGAGUCAAGCAUUACCUCGCACACUUCAACAAACGCAUUCGUGAUGGACCUUGGGAGUUGCGCCCGGGCCGACAUCGCUGGUUUGAGGACGACGACCAAGAUAACACAGGCGCUUCUGGAUCGUCUGCGUCCGGUCAUUCUGGCUCUGCGCCGCAGCAGAAGGGCCGCGCAAGCUAUAAACAGUCUACCACUUCGCGACGCCAGAAAGGACGAACACAACAGUCGACCACACGUGCUCAAGGUCACGAUGGAUCGAUCACUCCCUCCGCCAUCAAAACACCUUUGACAGAACAUGCAACAUUCGGAGACGCUGGCCUACUUGUACCGUGCGUUACUAGGCCGCACUCCCUACUUGACGUCGAACACCUUUGCCUUGUAAACGAUCCUGGGGACGUUCGUUAUCUGGCUUUCGACCACACCCGGCAGCAAGGUACUUUGUACUCAGUAUCGACACUGCUAUCGGCCAUCCACUUCGACCAUCCCGACCUGCGCAUUCGCGUGGAGCUUCUGCCUGCCGCCUUCAAGGACGCUGUUGCCUUGACACGCGACCUCGGCCACAAGUACUUGUGGAUAGCAGAGCUGUGUGAGCUCCAAGGACGCAAUGUCCCACCUAGACACAUACUGGAGCAUGCAGCGCUUGUAAUUGUGCGCGUGGCUGCGAAGCCUUCGAACUGUGACGAGAUUGAUGAGGAUGCCAUAUACAGUUAUCAAUUCGUUUGUCACUACAGAAACGUUGACCAGAUCUUCUCAUGGCGGGAGGAGAACGGGCCAUUUAUUCCACUCCGGAACCUUGGGCACGGAACGUAUGGCAUCGUGGACGAGGUGCAGCUACGAUAUGGCGGCGAGACAUUCGCUCGCAAAGAACUGCAAAUCUCCCGCUACCACCCGAAGGCUCGAGCAUUGACGUUGCGGGAGAUUGACACCUUGCAGAGAUUGGACCAUCCUCAUGUGCCACAUUUUGUCGCCGCAUACUACAAACAGGAAAGACGCUCGUGGAACAUCCUCAUGACCCCAGUGGCCCAAAUAAACCUACGAGAUUUCCUCGCAGAUCCACAGCGAUGGCCUAAGAAGCGCAAGAGUCUCAUCAAAUGGUUUGCUUGCCUAGCUUCUGCGGUUGAGUAUCUGCAUGGCGUAUCCUGCCGCCACAAAGACAUCAAGCCUGCCAACAUCCUCAUCAACAAGAACGACAUUCUCCUGUCCGACUUCGGUACCUCCCACCACUUUGAAACGAACCUAGACGAGCCAGGCCGUAGUCGAUACUACGAACAGAGUUUGGACGACUCAUCUACAAUAGGAGAUGGCAUCAUGACACCCAAGUAUUGUGCUCCCGAAGUGGCUGCGAAGAAGAAACGUGGACGUAAAGCCGACAUCUACUCGCUCGGCUGCGUUUUUGCCGAGAUGCUCACUGUCGAGCUCGGAAGCAGUUUGACGGAGCUGGCAGGUUUCUUGACGAUGUAUGACCGAGGCAAAGCUCGAUACGCAACAUACCAUGAGCGACUGCCGGAUCUGCAUGCAUGGCUUGAGCGACUAACAGCCAGCGCUGGCACCGCGUAUCAUAUGAAACUGCUCAGUAUCUGCAAGGCUAUGCUUGCCUUUACACCUGCAAGCCGGCCUUCUGCCACGACUGUCUUGCGCGAGCUUUGCGAGGGAAAGCAUGUCGCCGGGGAGACUCCGUUGGAUUGGUGCCCCUGCUGCUACAGAAUGACGAAGACAGAGCUUGACACGUUCCGUAUGCCCUUACCGAACAUCCACAAGCACGGUGCACAACUGUGGCAACCCAAGGGCCGUUCGAUGCACUUCCCUGACAUGCGGCCGCAGAGCUCAAGCGUCGUGUUACAAAUCUCCAUGCCAGGCUUCAGCGGCGUUACCUGGGUCUCAGUUGAGUGGCGAUGGCCAAGACUCAAGACCUUCGCAACCAUGACGACCGUGCAGAGCAUGAUCUCCUCUGUUACCAGAUAUUUGACACCGGCUGUGAAGGGCUCCAGUGGCAUGGCGCUGUGCCAGGCUGGAGUUUACCGACCCCCGGACCAAGCUGUUCUGGACUGUCGCAAGAUGUAUGGCAGUGUCGUGAAUGCUCUUUCACAAGUCUUCUCGUGGCGUCAAAGCACCCGGAUGGUUGAGGACGGCAUCACAACCAAAGCGAGCCUAACAACUCGCAAUGGACUUCGGAACGCUGCGGCAAGCGUGGCCGCUUGCCUCGAACCGGAGCUGGUCGUCAUGCUUCUCUGGCUCGUGAGUUACCACGUCGGCAUGACUUUGCCUCGCCAUGUUGGCUUCAAUGGCUCAGCGCUUGCGCUCGGCAUGAUUAAGCAUGUGCCUCACACUGGUGGCGGUUCUAUCACCACCUCAAUGCUCGGCGACGUCGAUGGAGUUGAUCGACUGAACGCUAUGGACGAGGAUUGCGAGUUGCCGGUCUGCGAACCCACCCAUGCCAACGGGAACGAUGCAACUCACUGUACGCCACCGCAGACAGACGCCGAGCGGAUCCUGAGCGAUGUGGACAUCGACCUUGGCGAUCUCGGCACAAUCAACGUGUCCACUCUGCUCAGCAUUCUGCGCAAGCACAAGCGGUGUACUUGCUGCUGCUCAUUACACCCUCAAGAGGCUGCAACCAGCAUGCGAAACGGUGUCGUCUGCCAAUGUAGCCUGGCCGGAGGCUGCUCGCUGCCGUCGGCUAUGAUCAAUCUCGGUUUCGACGAAUGCAGUACGAAUACCUUCACGACAGUGAACCUUACCGAGAGGGACGACACUGCUGAGUUGUCCAAGUCAAUCUUCGAAAUAUGUGCAGACUUUGAUUUUGGAGGUUUUGACAUGUGGUAAAUGGGGUUGAUGGGACGGAAACGACGACUAUAACGACUUUUAUGAAUGAUGACACGGUAUCGCUUGCUAACGGGCAUUGGCGUCCCUUCAUGUAGACUUGCCGUUUACGGCGAUUGUGACAAGACUGUUUACUAAUAGAUCAUCUGCUGCAAGGCGGUGUAAAUGUAUUUUUGCAAGGCUUGA